CUCUCUAUAGACGGACAAUUGCCUCUGUCCACAUAAGGGGAGCCGCUGCUGGAAUCAUCUAUCAAUUCCUCUUCCUCUUCCUCUCUGGUCUGAUUUUACUCGUGCCGACGGAUCAGUCAGGGCAGCAGCAAGUCUCCGACGGAUCAUUCAGUGCAGCGCCUCAGUAGUAGCCAGUCUAGCCACUAGUCGUAGCGGAUCAUAAUGGAGAAGGACGGAUUGGUUGCGCUUGGGCUACUGAAAUCAUCAGACCCGCCUCUCUAUCUCUCUCCAUCACUAGAGCUUUCAGCAGCUGCUCGAUUAGCAUCCCAAUAUCUCUACUCUUCCAUCAAACCUUUCGCUCCGAAGUCUCUUUUCCCUCAACUCCUAACUGACGGGUUUGAUGCAGAGCAGAUAUGGCAGCAAAUUGAUCUCCAAUCGGAGCCAUUAAUUUCAUCACUUCGUCGAAGUGUCAGCCACUUUGAAAAGAAUCCGGACAUUAUAUUAAAGCAGUUCAAUGUGGAAUUGAAGGUGGAAUCUAAUAUGGUGGGGAGAGAUUACAUGCCACUGGAGGAUUUAGACAGUAAAAGACUGGAUCUUGAGGAUGCUGACUUAAAUGAUUCUGACGAGGAUGAGGAGGAAGGGGAGGAAAUGCAGGAAAUGGAGGAUGAUGACGAGGAGAAAGCUGAGGAGUCUGAAGAAGAGGAGGAUGAUGGUACUGGCUUAGUUGAGGAUCAGUUCUUGAAAAUAAAGGAACUGGAACAUUUUUUGGCGGAUGAUGAGGCAAGGGAGUAUGGUUUCAAGAAGGAUGUGAAAAAGAAGAAGAGGAAGAGAGUUGAGCAAUCAGAUUCUGACGAGGAGGAAAAUGCUGAGGGGAACGAGGAUGAUGAGCUUGAAGAUAUGGGCCUUGAUGAUUUCUCUGAUGAAGAUGGAGGCAUGGAAGAAGCCAGGUAUGAAGAUUUCUUUGAAAGCAAGAAGACAGAUCACAACAAAAAAUCUAAAGCACUUGAUAGAUCACAUAAUAUGGGAAGCGACGAAGAAAUAACUGAUCAUGGUGAUAUUAAGGGAAACCACAAUCUUUCCACCCAUGAAAGAGAGCUUGUAAAAUUGCGUUCUACGAUAGAGGAAAUGGAGAAGGCAAACAUAGAACCAAAAUCGUGGACUAUGCAAGGAGAGGUAACUGCUACUAGAAGGCCAAAAAAUAGUGCUUUGGAGGUUGAUUUAGAUUUUGAGCACAAUAUGAGACCGGCACCGGUGAUUACAGAGGAAGUUACUUUAUCUCUAGAAGAAUUGAUCCGGAAACGAAUUGUUGAGGAACAAUUCGAUGAUGUUCAGAAGCCUCCUACUUUGCCAUCCCGAGCGCCAAGAGAAACGAAAGAACUGGAUGAUAAUAAGAGCAAAAAGGGCCUUGCUGAAGUUUAUGAGGAGGAAUAUGUUCAGAAGACUGGGCUUGUUUCAAAUGCUAUGUCUUUUUCUGAUGAGCAAAAGAAAGAGGCAGCUAUGGUGUUUAAGAAGCUCUGCUUGAAGUUGGAUGCAUUAUCGCAUUUCCAUUUCGCACCAAAACCGGUCAUAGAAGACAUGGCUAUUCAAACGAAUGUCCCUGCUAUUGCAAUGGAAGAGAUUGCACCAGUGGCUAUAUCAGAUGCAGCUAUGCUGGCUCCGGAGGAAGUUUUUACUGGAAAAAAGAAUAUUAAAGAAGAAACAGAGAUGACACAAGCGGAGAGGAAAAGGAGGAGAGCAAAAAAGAAAAGAAAAUUUAAAGCUGAGACAUCCAAAAGGAAGCCCCCUCAAAAAUCGCUGCACACUGGACCUGAGAGCAAGGAACAAUCGUGACAAGCGGAGGCAAUGACAAGGCAGGUGUGGAAUUAUAGGUAUUAAUGUACUACGCGAAUAUAUAUAUGUUGAGAUUUUUAUUGCUUUCCCUAUGUUUAGAAAGGCUGUCCAUUUUUGCAUUACUUGAUGAAUGGUUAAUGAGUUUUUGAUAAUUAUGCUAACAGAUAUGAUUUUUCAAGCAAUAUAUUGGAUUUGCAACUCUUUUGUGCAAUAAAUGAAUGUUGCAAGG